CAUCUCUCUUUGCUUAGAAUUUGACAUUCGGCUGUCAUAAAUUCAAUCUGUCAAACGGCCAGAGAACCUUUUUGUUUCCGGCCAACGCUCAGCCGUUCUCUUUUCACUUGUAAUCGUCGUCAAGUGCGGUCGCACUACGAAGCAUUAUGGCAACCAAAGUGUCGAAGGACAUCCUGUACGAAUGCGUCAACGAGGUGCUGAAGGGCUCCAAGAAGAAGCAUCGUCGCUUCCUGGAAACCGUCGAGCUGCAGAUUGGUCUGAAGAACUACGAUCCCCAGAAGGACAAGCGUUUCUCGGGCACUGUCAAGCUAAAGUACAUCCCACGCCCAAAGAUGCAGGUUUGCGUUCUCGGAGACCAGCAGCACUGCGAUGAGGCAAAGGCCAACGACAUUCCGUAUAUGGAUGCCGAGGCGCUGAAGAAGCUGAACAAAAACAAGAAGUUGGUCAAGAAGCUAGCCAAGAAGUACGACGCUUUCCUGGCUUCGGAAUCGCUCAUCAAGCAGAUCCCCCGUCUGUUGGGCCCCGGUUUGAACAAAGCUGGCAAGUUCCCCGGUCUGCUCGCUCACAGUGAGUCGAUGGUACAGAAGAUCGAUGAAGUCAAGGCCACAAUCAAGUUCCAGAUGAAGAAGGUCCUGUGCUUGUCGGUUGCCGUCGGCCACGUCAAGAUGACCCCCGAUGAACUGGCCCAGAAUGUGCAUUUGUCGAUCAACUUCCUGGUGUCGCUGCUGAAGAAGCACUGGCAGAACGUCCGCUCGCUGCACGUCAAGUCCUCAAUGGGUGCGGCUCAGCGUUUGUACUAAGAAAGCGGUCGGACGCGGGCGAUUCGGCUGGGUACCAUUUUACGGUAUUUUUCGAUUCGCUUUUUGUACACGCUUGGAUAUAAUUAUGUGUAAGAAACUUCUUUCGGAGUGAAUACAACCGAAUCGUUGCAAAAAGGAA